AAUCAUAAUAAUAAUACCCCACGUGUUAAUACGUCCCUCGGAUCUGUCGGUCAUCCGUCCGCUUGCUGCCUACCUGAUGAUCUAAUCAUCCCGGCAGCGACACCUGCCAACCCCCCCGAGAGAGAGAGAGGAUGGCCAACGUGGCAGAGCCCGCGCCGCCGUCUCCGUCCCAUCCCGCUGGCGACGAGCAUGGCAAUAUCUCCGGUCCUGAGGGGGCCAACCGGUUCCAGCAUGCUAUUUCAGCGUGGAGAAGCAUCGAUUUGUCCUCGUUAGUAUCGACCCUUGAUAAUACUGCUUCCGACAUCGUCACCUUCCAGCGAGACUCCACAGUCCAGCGAAAGGACCUGGCCCAGAAAACCAAGGACUUCCGAAAGCUAGACGAUGCGACCAAACUCGUCGAGAUCAAGAGCCUUUUAAAGGCCUACCAGACCUUCAUCGACCUCCUCACCAACCACUCCAAGUCCACCAAUUCCGCAUUCUUACAAAUCUACUCCGCCCUCGAGAACGCUCCCGACCCGUACCCCCUGCUCGAGGCUUCGGUGGACUCUAUGCUUAUGGCCGAGGAUACCCUCCCGAAGCUUACCGAAGAGAACCAGCACCUCCAGGACAACGUUGUCAAGCUCACAUCACAGCUAGAAGAGACCGAGUCGAGGCUGCAGACAGAGAGUGCGAACCGAAAACAGCUCGAGACAACCCUCGAAACGAAGGUUCGGGAGGUGGAGAGCUCCUGGGUCGCCGUCUUAGACGAGAAGAAGGACAACUGGGAAGCCAAAGAGAAGACACUCGAAGACAAGAUCGAGAGCCAGGAUCGGCUACUUACCGAAAUCAAGGCUAGCUACGAGGUGAACCAACGUCUGAAGGGCUCCGAAAAUGCUGACGCCGACGGAAAUCACGGCCACGUUGCUAGUGCCGAGCUGGAGAUGGUCAACUCGGACCUGGAGCGGACUAGCGCGAGACUCGCCGAAAUCGAAGCUAGAAAUGAGCAGUUGCGGCUAGAACUUGCCCAAUCCAAGUCUCAGGUCUCGGCGCCGGCGCCAGUCUUGGAGGACGACCCCGCAUACAUGCGCAUGAGGUCGGAAAACUCAUCUCUCAUCCGCAAGCUCGACUCGGCGAGGGUGGAGAAGGAAGCUUUCAAGCGGGACAUCGAUACCAGGCUCCGGGGCCUGGAGCGAGAGGUUGGCCUAUUAAAGGAAGAGCGCGACGGCCUGAGAGCCAAGGUUCAAAAGUGGAAUGACUACGAAGACAUCAAGCAAGAGCUGGAGGUUUUGAAGAGCAUCGAGUUUGCGACGGGCGAUGACGACGAUGUACUGGCCGCUUCCGAAGCUAACGGGUCCGCUUCGAAGGGGAAAGGAGACACCCUCGAGCAGUUGUUGUUAGCCAGGAAUAAGAGGUUGAGCGACGAGUUGACCAUAUUGCGAGUCUCUCACCAAGAUCUCCAGGGCCGGCUAGAGAAUCUGCAAGAGGAGAUGUCGAAGACGAAUGCGGAUCUGGAAAGGUCGCAGAAUCUCAAUGCACAGCUAGAAAAUGAUCUAGCCAGCCUCCAAUCACAGAGUCAAAACGCAUUCCCGUCGGGUGCGUCAGUAGCUGGAACCUACACGAGGUACGCGCCGUCUAUAGCGCCGGGGAGGAGGGGUGGAAGAGCGUCGCCAACCUCGUCCAUCAUAUCUGGCUUCGAUCCUCGCACGAUGGGCGGCGAGCCGAUGGGUGGCGGCUCCGGCAUCUUGCCCAUGAUCACGGCGCAGCGUGAUCGCUUCAAGAAGCGUAAUGCUCAACUCGAAGGGGAGCUCUCGGAGUCGCAUCGCACCAUAUCACAGCUGCGGCAAGAAAUCGCUGCGCUGCAGAAGGACAACCUGCAGCUGUAUGAGAAGACACGGUACGUAUCUACAUAUAAUCGUAGCGGGCCGUCGGCCUCGUCGGCAUCCGCGUACGCGUCAAACCCGAAUCCGCCGAUAGUCGCCAUGGGCGGUACAGGAAGCCCGGGAAUCGCGCUAGAUCGGUACAAGCAGGCGUACGAGUCGAACAUAUCGCCGUUCGCAGCCUUCCGCGGACGCGAGUCCGCCAGGGCCUACAAGCGCAUGAGUUUCCCCGAGAGGGUGGUGUACUCGAUCACGAGGAUGGUGCUGGCGUCGCGGACGAGCAGAAAUCUCUUCGCAGCGUACUGCGUAGCAUUGCACAUCCUCGUCUUCUUCUCGCUGUAUUGGCUCGGCACGGCAGACGUUAGCCAGCACUCGAGCAAUCUGAGUCAGGGUGUGGCCGCCGCCGCCGCCGCCGCCGCGGCGAAGGGGGCGGCCGGCGGUAAUUCUGGGCCAGGCGCGCAGGUCGCCCACCCCGGUGACUGGCAGGAGGAGGGCUUCCACGGACAAUGAUGAUUGCAUACGCCCACAAGCAGCAAGUCGUCGUAAUAUAUUCCGCGCCGAGACACCGAUCUUGGAGACCAAGUUGCGAUUUCACGAGUGCCACUGAUGUCACUCUCCAUCCCCACAAGUCGGCAGGC